AUGGCUUACUAUUCAGAUUCAGAAUCCGACAACGAGUAUGAGCAGGUCUGUACUCGAGGAGGGUGCUGCGGUAGCGAAGGUGCCGCUUUGCCUUUUGACUCUGCAUCUAUCGAAAAUGUGAUAUUGUCAAUAAGCGACAGCUUUGAUUUCCGCGUCAUUUUGAGCGAUGAGAGAACUAAAGGAGCAAUCCUUGUGACCACUGGGUUGGCUUUAGCUGGAGGGUUAAUCGGGCGCCAUUAUGGUGGGAGAAUUGGAGCCGCUGUUGGUGGAGCUGUUGGCGGCGCAUGCGGUCUUGGAAUAGUCGCUGUUUCCAUGAGAAGUAUUUGGCAAGAUAUUAAGGAAAAGCUCUCAGAUCUGUUUGAAAUGGUUUAUGACUACUUGGCUGGGUUGGGCUUGGACGACUACAAGCGUGCUGCAAUGUUCCUUACGCAGCAAGCGGAUAUCUUUGAGAUCCGUAUAGUAUGGGACAACAAUGCAGCUCUGUUGACAACUGUGAUGGCAGUCGCUGGUGGUGUGAUGGGUGGGUACGCUGGUGGUAGACUUGGUGCAGCACUGGGAGCUGGCAUCGGAGGAGCUACUGGACUCGGAGUAUCAACGGUGGUCUCGCUAAGACAAAUUUGGGAGACAGUGAAGGAGCAGCUGAACGAACUAUUGUUCAUAAUAUUCAACUAUCUACGAAGACUGGAUGCUGUUGACUACAUGAAUGCGUUCAGGAUCCUCAUGCGGUGCAUGGAGAGCAGACGGGAGCUGGUGUUUACGAUCGUGGAGUUCAUUGCUGAGAAGCUAAGCACACAGGUCACGUCUAGUAUUGCUUACCAUCACUGA